AUGUAGAAAAAGUUUGCCGAACUUCUUUGCGAGUUUAGCGCAGAGAGAGAGAGAGAGAGAGAGAGAGACAUCGCUUUAUAAAGGCAAAGAGAGUCAACAGUGACAGUUUGGCAUUGAAAUUCUAAGCUUUUUCAGAUAGGGUCAUACUCGCCAACAGUAACACCCACCUACUUGUCAGCAACACUCACUCGUUUACUAAAUUCCCCAAAUCUACCUUACCCAUCCAGAUCAUAACCCGAAUAGUCCCUAUCCCCUUCCUUAAUUUCCCACAUUCCUCAUUCAAUUGAUUCCUUCCACCACCACACCAACACCAAAACACUAACCUUUAUUUUAUUUUCCCCCCACCAAUUGUCUCUAUAGUAAAGGAAACAACAUCGAUGCCUUGUAAGGCCAGAGAGCAGGCCCCGUUUUGUGUUUCUGUUUCCUGACAAGUUAUUUAUAGAUAGCCUUUAUUAUCAUUAUCAUUAUCAUAAGAAGAAGAAGAAAAGCAAGUAAAAAGGUUUCAAGUUUUAACCCAUUUGUUUUGCUUUAUCUUUUUCACUUUUCAGAUCCUUUUUCUCUCAAUUCUGAGCAGAAAACUUAUAUCCUUGUCUGAGGUUAACUUUUUUCAUCGGUAAUCCCCUCCCUCCCUACGGAUCGUGUCUUUUCUUUCCCUCAUUACAUUCCUUUAAAGUUCAAACCACUCCUCCAACCGCACCCUUUUUCUUGUAGGACACAACAGACAACAACCAGAGCAAGAAGAACCAGUUUUUGUUUGUGUGUCUAUUUCAGCUGCCAAAUAUGGAUAGGAGCGGGCAAAUACCAGCGUUUGGGAACUGGGAUUACGCGAACGAGUUGCCAAUCACUCAGUACUUCGAGAGUGCGAGACAAGCUGGUUUAGUUCGUUACAGUUCCUCCUCCGGCGAAAGUGACCCUUACGUGCGUGCAGAUCGAGACCUCUACGCCGUUGAUUUUAAGAAACCACCGAUUCGCAACAUGCCACCUUCUACUCUUAAAAAGGCGACGAGGAACAGGGGAAGGAGGUGUGUUGUGGUUAAGGAAAAGGAAAAGGAAAAGGAGAGUGUGAAGAUGAAUAUGAGAAAGCAGGGGAAAGUGUGCGACGUGACGGAACAGGCAAGGAAGCCAGUGACAGUGAGCAAAGAGAUGAUGCGUCUACACGACGCCGUUCCGCGAUCUCCGCUGCCUCGUGGUGUUAGACUUCCCAAACCUGUUGAUGAAGAUCUCUAUAAGAUCCCACCAGAGCUACUUCGCACAACUAAGCGGAAGAAAAUGCUGGGUUUCAUUUCCAAGUGUCUGGUUCCUGCUGCUUGCGUUUCAUGAUCUCCAUUAAGGACUGCGCAUGUGCUUUUCUGAGUAGCUAGCUAUCUUGUGCUGGUUUUUGCUGCACCCCGAUGCUAAUAUGACUCCUUUUUCUUAUAUUAAUAAAAAUUAUAUAGUAUAUUUUCUGAAGUUAAGAAUGAAUGUAGUAAUUGUCUUUUAAUUUAAUUUAAUGGCUUUCGUCUUGGUUCAUUUAUUA